AUGCUCAAGAUUUUUUGGGAAAUAGAACCAAAUACUAUAGGAAACAGAUUAUCAAAAGAAGAGGAAUUUUGUGAAAAUCUUUAUGACUACGCAGAUCAAGAUAGAAGAUUCAUCGUUAAACUACCAUUUAUGACUGAAAAUCCACAGUGUAGGCAUGGAAAUCUUAGAGAAAUUGCUGCUAAGAGGUUUGAAAUAUUAGAGAAAAAAUUAUCAAGAAACCAGAAACUAAAAUAA